AUUUUAUAUACUUAUUAUUGAACGGAAAUUAUGGAGUUUUAUUGAAAAAAUCAUAUUUCUCUUUUAACUUCCAGUUCUUCUUUCUCUGAUCAAGAAACAUCUUGGAGUCUGACAUAAACCGUAACUUUGAUCAGUAUCCCCUUAUACAAGGGAUGAUCUCCUCCCUCUUUUCGCACUUUUCCCUCAUUCUGUCCCUACCAAGGGUAUUCGUACAAAUAUCUAAAUAUGCCUGUAUGGAAUCCUUACAAAAUCAUACUCUCAUGGUUUUGCGGGGCAGUGCCAAGCCUACUAGGUCAGCGGACACGGUGUCUUGCUGAAAGCCUUGUGAAUCUACCGACACUCGAAUCAUAACUCUUAGACUAUAUUCGGACACCUAAUUAGUCACAUUUCUUCAUACCGAUCUCAAACGGCGCAAAAUUGUCACAAGAAAAAGCUUUGCUGUAAUGCAUAAUGGAGAAGAUCAAAAGGCGUCCGAAGGGGCCUUUAUCCUUCGACUACCAGAUGAGCUGCUGGAUAACAUUAUCUGCAAAGCCGCCUACCUUCCCGAAAAUUCUCCCAGCAUGCGUAGUUGGCACUACACAAAUGUUGAACUUUACGGGACGCUAGCUACGCUCUGCCUAGUUUGCCAACGGCUCAAUCGCCUUGCCAUGCCAUACCUUUACGCCGACCCUAUGAUCUACUGUUACAAACCAUUGCACUCACAACCUAAGCAGGCUACAAGGCUUAUACACCGCAGUUGUAGAGAAAACCCGUCCCUUUGGCCCUUAUGCCGGCGUCUGAUAAUCCACUAUGAGGAUAGAGAUGUCGUGGAUCGGGAGAAUCGGAAGAACCCAUAUCUCUAUGUUGCGAUGGAUUCUGUCACCUGGUUUACUGCUGCCAAAUCCUUGGUUAUUAUGGGGCUGGGAAGAGAUGAGAGAGCGUGGAUAUUGCUUCGAUCUGCGCUUGAACACAUCACGGGCUUGACUCUGUUAUCCCUUCGGAGCCAUAUCGGGUACAACAUAAGCAUACCCCAGGUAGUAGAAAUAUUGUCCGACUUCAAGCUUCAAGAUAUUCGAACACUUCACCUCGAAGGUAUAUCUAUAGGUGGUGACGCUCUAUCCUGGAGAAAGCUUCAGGAAAAAGCAGGAACUGCCCGAUUUACUGAACUAGAACUACUAAGUUUUCUCCAGACUCCAGACGUUCUGCGGGAUCUCGUCAGGUGGCCAGCCCACUUGGAAAAGUUCGCUCUCGAACACACAUAUGGAUCAUGCUACAGUGUACUAGGCUUAUACACGGAUUGGAGCUUGGCCACAUUGCAGCCCAUAUUAUCUAUACAUAAGUCCACCCUACGCUCCAUCAGUAUCCGUUGUAUAAACGUGGGUGGCCUGGACGGGUUUGAUCUGCGCGAGUUUGAGAACUUGGAAGAACUAAGCUUAUCAUACCAAUCUACGAAGCAUACUGCUGAUAUCCAUUUGAUCCCGAACUUGCUUGCUCCUCAGCUUCGUGUUUUCCACUGGGACCUGACGCUUGAGGACCAGCAGUGUAAUGAGAGCUUGGGCUUUUUUGAACAGAAAGAAGAAGAUUGGCUGCGUACGCUUGCGCUUACAGCCGUGACACGGGGAUGUCCAAUGCGUAGGAUUGAGAUUACGUUCACACCCCUUUACACGUACUACUUUGCCGGUGUAUACCCGUGGGACCGGAUGGAUGCGCUUGGGCGGGAACUACAUCCUCAUGGGGUCCAGGUGUACUAUAACCCCCCGUCUACCAGUCGCGAAGAGUACAUGGAAAUCUUGAACAGGACUGUGGCGAAGCAGAUAAAGGACUCUGGGACCGAUCCUUAAUUUGGCUUUGGUUAUUUCAAGGUAGAGAUCUGACUGUGAGUUGAUAAGAGAUAUUAGAAAGCGAGUCUUGUUGAGUAUCAAGGAAUAAUGAAAGAAGUAAUGCCUGGUGAUGAUUAAAUAUAUCGCUGAAGCUAUCAAUUGAUGACUAUCAGCUUAUAUGUCUGCCUGAGACACUCGGCCACGUGUGAAGCAAACCCCAAGUAAAUUUUUGCU